GCGAUGGUUCACUGACUUCUACGCUCUCAUUUGCCGAGACGAUAGUUAGCAUAGCCUUCAGCUACGUCAUUUGCUACGACCUAGCAAGGCGCCAGUAUCCGUACUUUUGAUAUUGUGAAUCAUGUACCAUAAUGAGCGACGUUCUUCAUUAAUGGAUUAAAGUUAAGUAUUCCACCAGCUACGUCCGUUUUUCUCAAUUCUAAUUCCCUUGUCAUGUUCCAGACCUCACGUCCGUCUGCGUGAGCAGAGACGCGUGCAUUUCGGCCUCCUUUACUAACACGCUUGGCUCUCCUGCCAUCCACAACAUUGGCGACGAGGCAAUACCGCGUUCUUUUCUAAAUUGCCCUAAUUUACUUGUGUAAUGGCUUCGCCACAAUCUCCAGAUGUACUGUCCGAAUUUUAUCGCUUACAGAAUCAGCAGACGCAGGCCUUACUGGAUGCCCUUGGACAGCUCGUCCACGUUCAACGUGCGAUGCAAAACGAUGCGGCAGCAGCCGCUUCACCGCUAACGCAGCCACAACACGCUGUUGCACCCACUUUUCGACCUUUUGAUGCUGCACUGGAAAGCUGGACGGAGUGGUCCCGCCAAUUUGGAUUCCAUCUCGCCGCCUACAGAAUUCAAGGAGCCGGUGGAAAACAGCAGGAGCUGAUGCACUUACGAACGGAAGCCUUUGAAACUGGAACAAAUCUAGUUUGAGACAUUCAUACUUCCGGCACUCACUAUCAACCUACAGUCGAAGUCCUAAAGUCCGGGCUGAGCUGCAGUAAAC